GUGAUGGCUGCAGAGGAGUACUCUGUCUGUUCUUCAGACACAGACGAGGAGGCUUUGAGUUCAGGGCACAAAGAAUAUGAUCAUGUUUUGGAGCUGAAUCCCUUUGAUGGACUGCCGUACUCCUCCAGAUUUUACAACUUGCUGAAAGAAAGGAAAGAGCUGCCCGUGUGGAAAUCAAAGUGUGAACUCAUGGACUCUUUGGCCAAAGGUCAGUUUGUCAUCAUCAGUGGUUCUGCCAAAACUGGCCGAAGUUCUCAAAUUCCCCAGUGGUGUGCCGAAUUCUGUCUCACGGUCCGUUUUCGGCACGGCGUGGUGGUGUGCACGCAGAUCCACGCACAGCAGGUGGUAGAUCUCGCUCUGAGAGUGGCCGACGAGAUGGAUGUCAACAUCGGCCAUGAGGUGGGGUACAGCAUUCCCCUGGAGACGUGCUGCACUGCUGACACAGUCCUCAGGUACUGCACAGAUGACAUGCUGCUGAGGGAAAUGAUGUCAGACCCUCUGCUUGAGCGCUACGGUGUGGUACUCAUAGACCAGGCCCACCAGCACACUGUGGCCACUGAUGUUCUCCUGGGACUCCUCAAGGACAUCGCCCUGGAUAGACCAGAGCUCCGUGUGGUCAUCCUCACUGCAGCUGACCCUGGUCCAAAGCACCUUUCCUAUUUGAGCGGGUCGGCUUUGAGUCAGAUCCACCUGGAGAACGCGGGUGUCGGGGAGGUGGUGCACAGCAGCACUGCUGAUGGUUACUUCUGUUCUGCUCUCCAUCUAGUGCUGGAGAUCCACCGCUCCAAGGACCAGGGAGACAUAGUGGUGUUUUUGGUGACGCCACAGGAAAUAGAUCUUGCUCGUGACAUCUUAUGUCACGAGAGGCACAAUUUGCCGUCUGAUCUGGGUCAGCUCCUGCCUGUUGCCAUCCAUCCUGGACAGACUGGAAGACUACUGCACGUGGGUGAGGACAAGUCGGGCCGGACCCGCAGAGUGUUUGUUACCUCAAGCCCAAACGAGGAGUUCUUCUGGCCUGUUAGCUCAGUACGCUUUGUCAUUGAUACCGGCCUCGAAAGAAGAUGUGUUUACCAUCCGAGGAUUAGGACAAACUCUGCUGUCAUUCAGCCAAUCAGCAUGAUCCAAGCCACGAGCCGCAGACAGCUGGCAGGUCGGCGAGGAAAAUGUUUCUGUCUGUACCCAGAAACCACAAAGCUUCCGACGGCGAUCCGGCCGUGCAUCGUGGAGUCUGACAUCACUUCCACUGUGCUGUUUCUGAAGAGGAUGGAGAUCGCAGGGCUGGGCCACUGUGACUUCAUCCACAGGCUGGAUCCUGAAGGUCUGAUGCAGGCUUUGGAAGAACUGGAUUACCUAGCAGCUCUGGAUAACGAUGGCAACCUUUCUGAGAUGGGCAUCAUCAUGUCCGAGUUCCCGUUAAAGCCACAAAUGGCCAAGACGCUGCUCGCCUCCUGUGAGUUCGACUGUGUCAGGGAGGUGGUCAUCAUUGCCGCAAUGCUAACAGCGCCAUCCUGCUUUUUGCUUCCGCCUGUGGACCUGAGGACUGAGGCAGCCCAGUGCUGCAUGAAGUUUCAGCACCCAGAGGGCGACCACUUUACCCUCAUCAACAUCUACAAGGCCUUCAAACAAAGCCAGCAGGAUCUGUGCUGCACUCUAGAGAAGUGGUGUCGGGACUACUACCUAAACCACAACGCACUGCUGACAGCUGACGCUCUUCACACUGAACUCAUGGAUACUCUGAAGAGGAUCGAGCUGCCCCUCUCUGCGCCUGCCUUCGGCUCCCGCAGCAACACACUCAACAUUAAGAGAGCCCUGCUGGCAGGUUUCUUUAUGCAGGUAGCACAGGAUGUGGAUGGGUCAGGGAACUACUUUAUUCUGACCCACAAACACAUGGCACAGAUCCAUCCUCUGUCUGGCUACGGUGCCAAAAGCCCAAAACUGGGCCUCCCAGAGUGGGUGGUGUUCCACGAGCACUCAUUCUCCGAAGAUAACUGCCUCCACACUGUCACGCACAUAACGCCUGAGUUGUUCAUUCAAAUGGCACCACAGUACUACUUCUACAAUCUACCACCAAGUGAGAGCAAAGACAUCGUCCAGAACAUUUUGCAUGGUGCACCACCUCCAUCCAAAGAGGACAGCCUGCAGUUGGUGGAGAGUGAACCGCCGGUGGAGCAGACCCACAACCGCUGCAUCAUACAGUGAUGGGCUGGCUCACUGUCGCCAUGGUGAUGAUGGAACAUUAGUGACAGCAGGGACACUUCAACAUCAGAGUGACAGCAAAUGAAAGACUGAGUGAAGCUUUCAAGACACUGAUGAAAACUGAAGGAGUUAGAAGCAUCUAUAGAUGGAGUGGCAUGAAGGAGUU